AAAGUUCUCCGCACUAUUUUUCCGAUGACACGGAAUCUUUUUAAAGAAAGCAAAUACGACUCAGAGGAGCAUUGAGAGAGGGACCAGGAGACUGAGACGUUCCGCGAGAGAGAAAGAGGAGCAGAGGAUGUCCAGAGCUGACUGGACCUUUCUGGAGCACCUGCUGGAAGAGGGCCAGGAGUAUUCAACGGGCAUCGGCCGCGUCUGGCUCACUGUUCUCUUCCUGUUUCGUAUGCUGGUGCUGGGCACGGCGGUGGAGUCGGCCUGGGACGACGAGCAAAGGGACUUUAUUUGUAACACGUUACAGCCGGGCUGUACCGAAGUCUGCUACGACAGAGCCUUCCCCAUCUCCCACUUUCGCUAUUUUGUCCUCCAAGUCAUCUUCGUUUCCACGCCGACCAUCUUCUACUUUGGAUACGUGGCCAUACGUUCACGGAAGGAAGAGGAUGGCAAGCAGGUGGAAGAAGGUCAGACAAAGGGCAUGGCGGAAAGGGAUGCCAAAAAUAUGCCGGAGGAUAAAGAAAAGCUCGGCAAGGGGAGCGUCGCCAAGAGGAGACAACCUGACGCUCCGAAGCUGAAAGGCAGGCUGUUAUGUGCGUACGCGUUCAGCAUCCUUCUAAAAGUUCUUCUCGAGGUGGGCUUCAUCUUGGGACUGUGGUUCCUUUACAACGGCUUCCAAAUCGAAUCCAAGUUCGAGUGCGUCGGCUUCCCCUGCCCUCACAGGGUGGACUGCUUCGUCUCCCGCCCCACGGAGAAGACCAUCUUCACCAUCUACACUCAGGCCAUCGCCGCCAUCUCCCUACUGCUCAACCUCAUCGAGCUCCAUCACCUGCUUCACCUUGCAAUUUCACAUCGGCUGAAGAAGCGUUACCGCUCUCAGGCGCGAAUGUACCGACUGCAGCCUGAGCGGACGGCGGAGGCCUCGCCGGACGCUCCGGCACCCCGAGAGGAGACGGCGGAAUUGUACGACGGGGGCCUACCGCUGCCAAACGAGGCUACGGCCAUUUCGGUUGACUGCGGACCCGCCGAGGCGGGAAACUACGUCCUCCCGAGCUAUACCAACUGCAUGGAGGCUAUGCAUACAUCACGUCCACCCAGGAACCACUAUACACAAAAGACAAAGAACAACCUCAGGGGUGUCUCAAAACAAAAGCACUAUGUCUGACUGAGACUCAAUGAAAGCUGUUUUGUUAUUUUCCGAAAAAGUUUGUUUGCACAUGACACUGGAGUAAAAGAGGUGGCCAAUAGGAGCCGGAAUCAAAGACAAGAGCGGCAUUGUGUGCAAAGCGCCUAAGAGGCAGUGAUUCACUUCAAACAUUGGACUGAUAACCUAAUUCGUAGAACGCGCUUCAAGGCGAGCACAAAUUUUACGGUCACGAGAUAUUUUCUUAUAUUAUCUUGAAUAUGUUUGUGGGAAAACAAAAAUACUGUGUUGAGGGCACCGGAUGUUAUGUUAGUAGUUAAAAGAGCAGUAAAGUGGGAUACAUAUAAAUAUAUUCCCUUGAGGUCCACUCCGUCAUCCUUGGAGCUCCUCUCGGGCCGCUUAAUGGAAUGUUCUGGUCUCGGUGCUUCUCCCAUGGGGAUAAUGGCCGGCUGUGCGGAUACAUGCUUGUACGCACGUACUGUAUUUUUCCUUGGAUGGGGGUGGGAUAAGGAUAUCCCAGAGGGUCCCCAAAACAAGAAAAAAAAAAGACAGAUCCUAAGAUUUCUUCAAAAAACGCUGCAAAAUAAAUUCACGAUGUAUUUAUAGUAAAAAGUUUUGUUUAUUUAUUGUACUGAGGAGUAUUGUCACAAAUGAAUGUUGACUCGAUUACCUCCUUGCCAUCUUCAACAACAAAAGG